AUUUCUAACCACUACUGCACCUUGCAGUAUGCAGCGACAUUUAAUUCAAUUGACUUAUUUGCGUUAAUAUGUCAGUUUUCUUUCAUGUCAGAGGAGCUUUUCUUUCUGGAGUUUUCAACGCUGCUAUAAAUGCAUCAAGAAUCCGGAGAAUUCCUCUUCACGUCUGGUCAGCCGCGGUGCGAGGAAGGCACCGGAGAAAAAAAAAAAAAAAAAAAAAAUCCCCUCUGACUGUGAGUGUGUGCGCGCAAGAGAAAGGAACGAGACUUCGCCUGCACCUCAAUCUGCUCUGCAUCUUUCCACCGGACCGCAGUGGAUACAGCCGAGCGUACAGGACUACCUCGAGCCUACACCACAAGAUGUGAAGGAGAUUUUGGACAGAGCGUGUUUCGCAGGUCCGCUUGCUUGGAAAGGAGCACAGCACAAAGCGAAUUCACUGCCUUUCCUUUUUCUUUGCGCUCUUCCCUCACUGGUAAGUGGGAUGCAGGAUACGCAGCAUCACCGGUAUCGUUAGAAGAAACCUAACUGAUAGACCCUUCCAGUUCAGCCGGCCUAUCAGAUUUUAAGGCAGUUGGGGUGAAGAUUAACAGGGAAAAUAAAACUCUCCGCCGGUGCGAAAAAGGACUGCUUUUCUUCGGGGGAUAAAGUGAGGAGGGAUAUUUUUUCCAACUAUUUUGGAUGUGGAUGUUUUUUUGUUUUUUUAUUAUUUAUUAACCGGGCGCGCUAAAUACCCCAUGAAUCAGGAAAUGAUUUGGUCAUCCAAAGAUCAGAUUUAACACGGACUGCUGUUGAUCUUAUUGGUUACGCGUUUUAUCUGCCCAUCUAUCUGCCCUGAGAGUCUCGCUGGCGGAGGGAGGCGCGGAGCAAGAUCCAGAGAACUAUACAGAGGGGGAAUUGAGUUACAUUGCAAUAGCAAUAAUCCUUUUCUUACAAAACGACGUAUUUCUGCGGGCAGCGGACACACACACUCACAAAACCUGUGUCAAACUAACAGAGAAUUUAAUUUACACCCGUACUCGAGGCAGCACAGAUAACCAGGUUAGGGGAAAACGCCAGGGAAACAACGACUGACAACCGGCCAGUAAAAGUGAAUUUAGAGCACAGUAAAAGAGAUGAUGGAGCAUCAGUUCAGCCCAGCUUGACCCAACCCACCCCGGCAUCAAGACACCACAGGCAGGGUUAGUUCAAGUUCAAGACCAGCAGCAGACCUGUUCUCCAGCAAGAAGGAGGCUCAAAUAACAGGAGUGGCCCAUAGUACAGAGCAGCGCAGCGUGCAGAGCCAAAACAGUGCGUGUGUGUGUGUACAUACACACUGGUGCGAGAGCCGGGGGCACACGCUGUAUGUGUUUGUGAGAUGAGGAGAAGCUAAGUGGCUACCACAACCACCCAGAUCAGACAGCCUCCUGUGCUGCAAGAUGGAUUAGAGCCCCACACCUCAGGAGAUCAAAGGUGGCUGUGACAGGGGCACCCCCGGGGCAGGACCCAUGAGGAGUCAAAGAAGAUGCUCACAGCCUGGGCGCUUCUGCUCUUCUUAGCCAUGUGGGUGAGAAGCACCUCUGGUGGCCCGCUCUCCUUCAGAAUAGCUGCCAUCCUUGAUGACCCUAUGGAGUGCAGCAGAGGAGAGCGUCUGGCCAUCACGCUGGCCAAAGACAGCAUCAACAGGAACACAAACCGCUCCACCACUGGCAAGCUGGAGGUGGACAUCUUUGAACUGCUGAGAGACAGUGAAUAUGAGAUGGGGGAAACAAUGUGCCAGAUCAUGUCUAAAGGGGUUGUGGCGGUCCUCGGCCCCUCUGCCAGCCCGGCCUCCAACUCCAUCAUCAGCAAUAUCUGUGGUGAGAAGGAGGUGCCCUAUGUCAAGGUGGCUCCAGAAGACAUUCUGAAGGUUCAGUUCCCCCGGUUCACCACUCUGGACCUGAGGCCAACCAACACCGACAUCAGCCUGGCCGUGGCCGGCCUUCUCACCUUCUUUAACAGCACCACCGCCUGCCUCAUCUGUGCCCAGGCUGACUGCUUAUUGAACCUGGAGCAGCUCCUCAGGCAGUUCCUCAUCUCCAAGGAGACUCUGUCAGUGCGCAUGCUUGAUGACAGCCAGGACCCGACCCCGCUCCUGAAGGAGAUAAGAGAUGACAAGACUGCCACUAUUAUAGUUGAUGCCAACGCCACCAUGUCACAUAUCAUUUUGGAACGGGCAUCAGAGCUGGGAAUGCUGUCCGUCUACUACACAUACAUCUUCACCUCUCUGGAGUUCUCUUUACUCCGACUGGAUGAUGUGGCGGACCAACGAGUCAACAUACUUGGUUUUUCAGUCUUCAACAAAACUCAUCCCUUCUUCCAGGAUUUUGUGCUAAGCCUCAACCGCUCCUGGCAAGAGAACUGUGACCAUGCACCCUUCGCUGGCACCCCGCUCUCUUCAGCUCUGCUCUUUGAUGCAGUAUACGCGGUGGUGGCGGCGGUCCAAGAGUUGAACCGUAGCCAGAACGUCGGCGCCACUCAGCUUUCCUGCAAGUCCUCCAAGAUCUGGGAGCACGGCACCAGCCUCAUGAAUUACCUGAGGAUGGUAGAAUUGGAAGGUCUAACAGGCCACAUUGAAUUCAACAGCAAAGGCCAGCGGUCUAACUACGCCCUGAGGAUCAUGCAGAACAGCAAGGAUGGCCUAAGGCAGAUUGGCCUGUGGCACUCUGAACAUGGACUAUCCAUGGAGAGAAAACUUCCAUCAAUCAAUGUGACGGACACCCUCUUCAACACUACUCUCACCAUCACGACAAUAUUGGAGAAUCCAUAUGUAAUGCUGCGGCAGAACCACCAAGAACUGGAGGGAAAUGACCGCUACGAAGGCUUCUGUGUGGACAUGCUGAAGGAGCUGGCAGACAUUCUCAAGUUCAAGUAUCGCAUCCGGCUGGUGGGGGACGGACUGUACGGGGUCCCUGGAGCUAAUGGAACAUGGACCGGCAUGGUCGGAGAGCUCAUCUCAAGGAAAGCUGACCUGGCAGUCGCCGGCCUCACCAUCACAGCAGAGCGUGAAAAGGUCAUUGACUUCUCCAAGCCUUUUAUGACCCUUGGCAUCAGCAUCAUGUACCGCGUCCACCUGGGAAGAAGGCCAGGCUACUUCUCCUUCCUGGAUCCCUUCUCCCCUGGCGUCUGGCUCUUCAUGCUUCUGGCCUACUUGGCUGUCAGCUGCGUCCUCUUUCUGGUGGCCAGAUUGACGCCUUAUGAGUGGUACAACCCCCACCCGUGUCUAAAGGGUCGCUGUAACCUGCUGAUCAACCAGUACUCGCUUGGCAACAGUUUCUGGUUCCCUGUUGGAGGCUUCAUGCAGCAAGGAUCCACCAUUGCUCCCAGAGCUCUGUCCACACGUUGUGUCAGCGGAGUGUGGUGGGCCUUCACAUUAAUCAUAAUCUCAUCCUACACUGCCAACCUGGCUGCCUUCCUAACAGUCCAGAGGAUGGAGGUGCCGAUAGAGUCAGUAGACGACCUGGCAGAUCAGACGGCGAUAGAGUAUGGCACCAUGCACGGAGGAUCCACAAUGACCUUCUUCCAGAACUCUCGCUAUCAGACUUACCAGCGAAUGUGGAACUUCAUGCACUCAAAGCAGCCAAGUGUGUUCGUGAAGAGCACCGAGGAGGGGAUCGCCCGUGUCCUCAACUCCAACUAUGCCUACUUGCUAGAGAGCACCAUGAACGAGUACUACCGCCAGAGGAACUGCAACCUGACGCAGAUUGGAGGACUGCUGGACACCAAGGGCUAUGGCAUCGGCAUGCCACUGGGGUCAGUGUACCGUGAUGAGUUUGACCUGGCCAUUCUCAAACUGCAGGAGGACAAUCGUUUGGAGAUCCUCAAGAGGAAGUGGUGGGAUGGUGGCAAGUGUCCAAAGGAGGAGGACCACCGCGCCAAAGGUCUGGGUAUGGAGAACAUCGGCGGCAUCUUCGUGGUGCUGGUGUGUGGCCUGCUGGUGGCUAUCUUCAUGGCAGUGCUGGAGUUUGUGUGGAUGUUAAGGCAGACGCCGGGAAAUGAGCAGUCAGUGUGUGAGGAGAUGCUGCGGGAGCUCCAGGGCAUCAUCCUGUGUCGCGACAGCCUGCAGGUGAGGCGCCGGCGAGCGGCUUCGAUGCUGCGGCCACGGCCCUUACCCCUGGAGGAGCGCCGGGCGCGGGCUGCCGCUGUGAGCCUCAGCAAUGGCAAGCUGUGCGGGGGCACCGGACUGCCUGAACCCCUCUCCCACAGACUGGCGCAGGAGGCUGCCCUGGUUGCGAGGGGGUGCAGCCACAUCCGUAUUUGCCCCGAGUGCCGACGCUUCCAGGGACUGAGGAUGCGUCCAGCAGGGGCCACUGGGGCCCUUCCAUCUCCCACACACAGUGAGGAGAGCAUAGAGUGGGACAAGACCACAAAUAGCAGUGAACCUGAAUAACGCCUAGUGAUUCCAACAGGACUGACUUUCCCAGCAGCCACCUCUCUACUUUCCAGGGAUCAAAGAUUACGUGGUAUUUUGAUACAGCCAUUCGGAGUUUGGUCUUCAAGGGCAGGACAAUUCUGUGACUUUUUUUUUUGCCCUAGAGGCAACAGCCAGCAGUCAGUUUUUGGAAUCUCCUUGGGUGAAUUUUUUCCUUGGUCAUAGGAAAAACUAAUGAGUCUGUCUCGUUGUGGUCUGUCCCUGUUGGCCCUCUGUACCGUGUAAAACAGGACGGGCAAAAACAGCUACGGGGCAUUUGUACUAUGCAGUAUUUUCAGUCAUUUAUCUUUGUGCUGUUUCUUUCUUUUUCAUUUUUAAAUUAUUUCUGUCCUCUGUUGGAUUAUCAGUACUGAAUAUUGUUAUUCUAUUGUUCUUAAAAAAAAAAAAACCUUCAAACAAGUUCCUUUUUUUUUUAUCUGACAAUUUACUGUAUGAGCGUGUAUUGCCUCGGAAGAGCUGCAAAGAUAAAUGGACUGAUGCAAGGUCAUCCUUCAAAUCCUUUUAUUUUGAAAGUGCCAAAAACCAUAAGUAUUACCUUGUGGCUGAAGAAAGCACCACAGCCUUGAGAAGACAACAAACUCAACUCAACCCACAAAAGAAACAGAGACAUAAAGACCCACGGACUUCUUUCAUAGUAGUGAUAUUCUAUUAAAAAAUGUUUUAACUGUUGGUAUCUCUGAAAGACAACGAUGCAUGUCCAGGAGUGUUGGCAGGUGCUCAUUGAAUUGAUAGAUUAAUUGCUAAAGUAGUGGCUGAGUAGCUGAAAGAAUGGCCCCCCCCUCUUCUGAAUACCUGCUCAAAAACAUGAUGGCUAUACACACAAACACACACAUUCACAAAAACAUCCAUUGAUUUCCUCGCUCCUCUGUCCUGACAUCGCUUCUACUCCAUCUGUCCUACAUCUUUGACACCAUGACACAUUUGUUGUCGCAGCACCUGUUCUCUUUAUGAUCUCUCACUUAAAAAUGUGUACACAGUCUCCUGUGCCAUACACACUCUCUGUUGGCGUCAUCAGGGGGCAUUUUCUCUGUCUAGCAAAUUCAAGAAUGAUUCAGGUUUCAUCGGGGCAAGCCUGUGUAUGAAUGAAACCCAGCAUAUAUCAGAACAGGCCAAAAAACAUCAAGCCCCUGGUUAAAAAAAAAGGGGGGGGUAUGAGCAGAUGACUUGUGUGCUUUUAAAUGUCAAGGCAGUUAAACUGAAUGUGAUGUUUUACACACAGCUUAGAGGAGAUUUUCAGUUGAGAUCAGCUGUGAUGCUGUCUGACAUGUUCAUGCUUUUACUCUUGAAAAACCCCAAACCAAACUUAGAAUAUAUUAAAGACUGAUUUUUAAUGCAAACUGAUCCCGAGAAAACAGACUUAUCAUAUAAUCAUCUGUGUAUCAGCUCAAAUUUGGUGAUUACAGGAGGCCUAUUUGAAGUUUAGUAAAAUCAAAUGAAUAGAAGUUGAUCUGGAGUUUUUAUCACUGUUUGAAAUAUAUAAAUCUAGUUUGUCUGUGUUUAUUGAAAGAAAAUCUUUCUUUAUUUGCAUCGUAUCAACAAUACCUCCAGAAGUGAAACAAUGAGAACAAACUACCAGCAACCGGAUUCUUAGGAUCCAGUUACUUUCUGCAUAGACUGUGACACGAGUCGUUUUUUUUCCCCAAAGAACCGACUAGUUUGAAGGUGUUACUGUACGAUAGUCCGACUGUUGCACAGUGGGAAUCAGUGGUCGUCCACCUGUCUUUUCUGCUUCUUGUUCAUCUCUGAUGUGUCCAACAUUUUAAAUCUGCCCAUCAGGUUCUGUCAGUCUCCUUCCCUCAGAACUAGGCCACCAGCUCCACAUGGCUUGAAGGUAACGCUGCAGUGUCUCUUUCGUACUUUAUUUGCAUCCUCGUCAUUUUUCACCUGCGUGAAAUUCUUUGCGUAUGCUCUUUAAAGUAGCAACCCUGAGAAGGGCUGAUUGUUUAAAGGAGGCGUCCAUCUCACUGAUCAUUCACUAUGUUUAGAUGUGUUUAUGUUCAUGUAAAAUCACUUAGGCAGAACAUAUAGUAUUGACCCAUAGACAUUACCUUACCUACAUUACCGUCACCUUGUUGUUGAAUCAUUCUUUCAUUUCUUUUACCAUUUUAUAUGCACAGCAACAUUAUUUCCUCUAGAUUUUUCAAGCACCUUUAAUUGCAUUAAUGGUGAUGAGUGGUAUGCUGUUUCAGACGCUGGUCAACAUGUGAUGCUGUGGUAGAUCAACCACUGACCGACCUGGAGUGAACUGUAAUAUUCGCACAAUAGUACUAAUAAAGAGUUUUCAGUGAACUGAUGGUGCUGAACAUUUUGGGUGACCGGAAUCACAAAUGAGUGGAAUUUCUAUUUGAAGGGGCUCCCCACCCCCAACCCUAACCCCCUCAACCCCUUCUCUAUUUUUUUUUCGAUGUCAGCUCAAUCAGUUGAUGAAAAAUGUUUCAGGACUUCAAAUGGCUUUUUGACUCAGGUCUGCAGUUUGUCUGAACUCCCACAAGAACACGCUGGUGUUUGAAACGGCACUGAGUCUGUUUGAUUUGAUACGCCAUAGCAAUGAAAGGGGUCGGCAGAGGCGCUACGUUAUCAUCUGCAGAACAGCCAAUCACGCCGGUGAAUCUUGUCCUCCAGUAAUGAGCUACUAUUGCCCCUCAGAGGGUGUGUAAAUACAGUAUGAUCAGCAGGGUUCCCCAGUAAUGGUCCAAAGUGUUCUUUUUUAUAUGUUAAUAGAGUAUAGAGAUACAGACCUACAUACGUAAAAUGUUUAUAUGGACACAUUAUGCCAUUUAGACACACUUACAGUAUCAGUUGCAGAUUGUGAGCAUAAUGAUGAAAAAAACUCCUUACAGACAGUUAAUGUAAACUUUCUAUAUUUCUUUAUAUAAUGAUUUGUUAAAGGCAAAUUGCCAAGCAAAUGGCAAAGAAAAAAAAGACCCACAUUUCAUUACCAGUUUUAUAAAAGAAGUUUCUAUCCAUUUGCUGAAUGUCACUAAGGAACUCAUGAGAGCAAGAAGGCUCUCGCCGCACCUGAUGCUAACUUCUCAAACACUAAAAACAUUUACAGGGGUGCUAAAUCAAGCGUAGUUGGAAUGAGAUUGCCAAUUACCUUGAAGGCAUGAAGAGCGGUAGGGUAAGAAUUAAAACAAAUCCCUCUGAAACACUGGGAGACCUUCGCUGGGAGACCGCUGAGAGAGAUGGCAGGGUUUGGCUGCUAUAUUUUAUAUGCUUUAUUUUCUUAUGUUGAUAUUUUUAAUCCAUUAUAAAUACAUUUCUUAAAACAACCUCCGCUCUGUGGGGUUCUGCUUUUGUCUCUUCUUUGCUCUGAUUUAUUUGACCUUCUGAGCUGUUCAGAUCUGUCAUGCUAAAUAGCCUGUGAGUGCACUUUGCGUUUCGAGUUUUAUUAUUCAACCGGGAGGAGUACUCCGACGUUGCACCUGUUUUGUUGUGACAUGAACACAUGCAGAGAAGCAGUAUGAGGAUAUAUGGGUUUCUAGUUGGGUAAACAUGACAAUUGUUGAGUGAACCAGAAGGAACUGAUGCAUAUAAUGUAUCUCUCAUUUCUCUCCCAUAACUACAUUAACAUCUGCCAACUUGUGAAUCCUGCGUGGGUGGGAAGUCUAAGGGAGGCUAAUGAGUUUAACAACUCACUCAUGUGCUAUAUACGCAUCUUCUCCCCCGUAGUCCAUCUAUCACUGUGAUUUUUAGUGGAUACUUCUGUCUCCUAAGGAUAGUGAGUGAACACCACACAACACCCUGCAUCUGAUUUACAGUUUAAUUCAGACUGCCUCUUUCUCUCUCUCUCUCUCUCUCUCUCUCUCUCUCUCUCUCUCUCUCUCUCCUUUCUGAGUGCCUGUCUCACAAUCUUUCCACUGCAGCAUUAGAGAUGACACAUUUUUCAGUACGUCACCAACCUGCAUAUCGCACUGCAUAUCCACACACACACACACACACGCCCACCAACAUAACUCUUACAAGAGUGACACACACAUACAAACGCUCUCCGCCACCUGUGUGUCACUGCUCUGUCAAGUUUAUUUCAUCGCGCUCAUGCUUCUCCUUCUGCCUCUGGUGCUCCAGGUCCAUAAAUUAAAUGCAUCUCUACCCACCACUGCCUAGCUGCUUUUGGAUUUAUGGAGCCCAUGAUGAGCAUUGAGUGCCUGCAGAGGUGUGUGAAAAUCUACUUCACUCCUCGAGCUUACCCAGUUGUAGCACAUAGCAAUACCAUUCUCCCUGUAGAUGUUUGUUAUUCUGCAAGGAUUUAGGAAUUAUGGUGUACUGAGUCUGAUGCAUUUUGCCACGCUAACAGCUCACAUCCCAUACACUCGAAGAGUGACUUUUAUUAUCAGUGCAUUCCACAAAAUACAUGUUUUGUUUUUUUUUACAUUCCACUCAUAAAAUUCACACAAAAUAAAACUUUUGAGUGUGUCACAAGCUCUAUGCCCAGUUCUGGGAAACCAAAACGUGAAACCUGAGACAUUUAGACAUUUUCAGAACAUCGUGGCUCUAUAACACUGCAUUCAGUAUUAUUUUAUUGCCUUCCAAUAGCAAUUGCUGAAUCUGUUCAUCCCAUUUCCACUGUCAAAAUUGCAUCUCUUUGUCAAACAAUUGCUUCCUCUUCUCUUGACAGCAAAUUUCCCAAGGUUAACAGCAUGCAUGUAUACAUCCGCCCCAUAACAGCCACUAAUGAGCACUGGAUCCAAGGAUACCGAUUGAAAGACAUAACAGACUAUCAGAGGAAACUACCUAAUACACAGUGAGGCUGGUGCACAUUUUUAAGUGAGAGCUUUCCUAUUGAUUUGCUGGCAAUUAAUUGCAAAAGGCUUGUUGUUGUUGUUGUGUGCUCAAAGAAAAGGUAUUCAGAGUGCAAGAAUUCUCUCCAAGGUGAGAUGCUGUCAAGGCUGUUAUACAGCCUUUUGUUCACUGACAGUUGUUGUUGAACAUAUUGACCAAAACAUCUUUACAUUGUUUGUCUUUCAGAGAAAUAAAAUUGAGCUUCAUUUA